AUGGCAUCAAAUCCACCAAGACAUGUGGAAGAAAUUCACAAAACAAUAGAGACUGAUCUAAGUCCUACUGUAACUCAACAACAACAUGACCAGGAGAAACCUGGUGUGAUUGGUUCCGUGGUGCAGUCCGUGAAAAACACUUUUGAGAAUGCAAAAGAAGCUGUAAUUGGCAAGGGAAGCCCUACAGAUUCCCACACUACAACUCAAGAAGUCCAUGUUUACGACGACGACAAGGAUUUAGUCUCUGGUGAAGUUCGGGACAUAUCAGCCAACAAGUCCCGUGGAGUUUAUGAUUCUGCUGCUGACAAAGCCAAGGAGUGCAAGGACACAACAGGUUCUAAAGCUGGUGAGUACACAGAUUAUGCAGCUCAGAAGGCCAAGGAAACAAAGGAUGCAACAAAAGAUAAGACUAAUGAGUAUACAGAGUAUGCAGCUCAGAAGGCGAAGGAAACGAAGGAUGCAACAAAAGAAAAGACAAAUGAGUAUGCGGAUUAUACGGCUCAGAAGGCGAAGGAAACGAAGGACGCAGCAAAAGAUAAGACUAAUGAGUAUGCAGAUUAUGCAGGGGAAAAAGCAAAGGAAGCUAAGGAUAAAGCUGUGGAGUACAAGGACUAUGCAGCUGAAAAGGCCAAGGAAGGAAAAGAUGCUACAUUGAAUAAGCUGGGUGAGUACAAGGACUAUGCAGCUGAGAAAGCAAAAGAAGGAAAAGAUGCUACAUUGAAUAAGAUGGGUGAGUAUAAGGAUUACGCGGCCGAGAAGGUGAAAGAAGGGAAAGACACUGCUGCUGAUGCAGCCAAAAAUGCUAUGGGUUACUUGGGUGACAAGAAAGAGGAAACUAAACAGAAAACAGCAGAGACUGCCGAGGCUGCUAAACGAAAAACAGCUGAGACUGCCGAGGCUGCUAAGCAGAAAACAGCUGAGGCAAAAGACAAGACAAAGGAAAAGCUGAGUGAAGCAGAUGAAGAGGCAAGGAGGAAAACGGAAGGGGGGAAUGUUGGAGAAAAAGGUUUCAGAGAGGAAACAUGGAGGCGUGGAAACGAGGGAGUGAUCAGAACUGAAGACACUCGAACAGGAGCCGUGGCGGAGAGACUCAAAGCAGCCGAUCAGAUGACGGGACAGACAUUCAACGAUGUUGGAGCCUUGGAUGAUGAAGGAGUUACUCGUGUGGGUCUUCUUGAUAUUAAGAAAAAGUGA